GUCAGACCAGACGCUCGACGCUCACUCACUCAGAUCUCAGAUCAGACGGGAGACCGCUGGGCGGAUGCAUUCUUUGUCCUGUGCGAGUGUGCGGUCUUGCGUCCAGUCACUUUUUGUGGAUCGCAAACGUCACCAUCAAAACUCUACAAUCACAAAUACAUAGUCGAGAAAAAACUUACAAAAUGGGGGAGGAAGAAACCAGGGAUCAAAUACUGAAGGUUCCUCUUGUUCGUGCCAGACCUGCACGAAAUCAGACAGAUAAUUGGAGAGCCUCAGCAACUCGCAAUCUGAACCAUCAAGCGCAAGCUGAUACAAGAAAUGAAGGAAAAAAGAACACAACAUGGGCUCCGCGCAAACCCUUCCAAUCCGAGCAUUCUACUGCUAGGAGUCAGAGUCACAGUAGAAGACCAGAAAACUUUGAAGCAAAAUCAAGGAAUCACAGAAGCCAAGGACCGUAUAAAGAGCAAUUCAACUUUACGUUGAAGCGCCUGACAAAAGCUGAAAGUUAUGAGGUGGUGAAAAUACUGGCUGAAAAGAAAGACCAGUUUAGCAAAUUUGUCAAAGGCGAUUUAACUCUCCAGGAAUUCCAGCUGCUAAUUGGAGUGCUGGUCAAAGUGUGUGAGUCAAACUUUGACAAGCACAAGGUAAUGCUGAUCAACCAGGCUUGUCACCCAGACUUCAUGAACACAUUCCCCACCAUGCUGAUGAGUGCAAGUACCAAGGAAAAAGAAACUUUUAUUCAGAUGGCGAAUGAUGUAGUGAAUUUCUUUUCUACCCUCAUCAUGAUGCUUCCGAUCACAGCUGCAAGUCUGAAACCAGCCAUGCUAUGUUGUCACUCAAUGAUUGUGCAAAUCAAUCAAGAAAAACCAGAUACUGUGUCUACUGAACUACUGCAACAGUAUGAAACAGUUUCUAGGGAUGUUGCAGCACUUCAGAUGCAAACAGGUAGUGUUAAACCCAGUUGGUUCAGCCGCCGCAAGGAGCAAGUGGAGAAAAUGAAGUUUGAGCAGCCUCCCAAUGACUUCAGAGAAAUCAGCAUCUAUCCGACGUUUGAAGAUGUUGUAUGCGUUAAACCUCCAUUUCUGAGACCAAACAUCAUCAAUGGACCAUACUUUGACGUCGAGCACUACCUGGACACUCAAUUUCGUCUCCUUAGGGAAGAUUUCGUGCGUCCCCUUCGGCAGGGUGUACAGGACAUUUUGCACGGGACAGAUUCCAGGAAGAAAGAGUCGCUUUCAGUUAGGAUCUAUUCAAGGGUCAAGUUUUUGUCAUAUGUGCGCGAAACGGAUGGGCCAAGAGUGUUGAAUGAAGGUACUCUGUUGAACUUUGACACCUCAAACAGUAACAGAUACAAGAACACCAACUGGGAGUCAUCUAAGAAAUUCAUGCAUGGCGCCCUUCUUUGCUUCACCAAGAACUCGUUCGAGACACUCCUAUUUGCAACUGUGAGCAGCCGAGACUUGAAAUAUCUGAAGAAUAGACAGAUUCUUGUCAAAUUUCAAGAGAAACCAAAGGAGGACAUCUUGGAUCCAAAAGCUUGGUACACUAUGAUUGAGAGCGAAGUGUUCUUUGAGCCAUACUAUCAGGUUCUUGGGGCCCUCAAGUGCAUGUAUGAUUACAAUUUCCCAUUCGCAAAGUACAUCGUUGAUGUUCAGAAGGAAGAUCACCCUCCAAGCUAUUUACUGACAAGUCACAACAGAUUGUUAGAAGCGCAAGUACAAGAAGACAGAGGCGUAAGAUUCUCUAUACAAGGUCCACAAGGAAACUAUUCUCUCCUUGUGUUGGAUGAAUCAACUUGGCCCACUGCAAGACAGCUUGGACUGGACAAUUCUCAGUACCAAGCAUUGAAAGCUGCCCUGACGAAAGAGCUAGCUGUGAUUCAAGGUCCUCCUGGUACUGGAAAAACUUUCAUGGCUCUGAAGAUUGCUGAGAUCUUGAUUCGCAACAAGGAAGCUAUGUGCAGAAAUACUCCAAUUCUUGUUGUGUGUCUAACAAACCACGCAUUGGACCAGUUCCUGGUUGGAAUGCUGCCUUUCACUGAUGAUCUCGUCCGCAUUGGUGGUCAGUCAAAGCGCGAAGAACUGGACAACUUCAAUAUGAAGAAGCUUAGAUUUGCUCGUUCCCGAAACUUCUUUCAACUGCAAGAUUCCCUGGCUGCAUUGUUCAAUGACCUGAAGAAAAUCGAAAAUUCAAUGCUAUGUUUGGACGCAGCUGUUUUUGGUAAAACUGGUGUUUGCAUCCCCAUUUCUGGCAACGUCAUACCUGAAAUUCUGGAUAGUGAAAUCGUCAUGUUAAUUGACCUUGACGCGGCUGCUUCAGUAAUUAAUGAAAAGCUGUUGUUCAUUUCAUUUGAUCAAAUUGUGGCUUGCAUCAAAGAAUGGAAGAAUGACACGUGUAAAGGAAUUGAUGAGGGUGAGAACAUGUCCCUGGAAGAGAAAUCUUAUCUCAAGCAGCAAGUUUUGGGAGAUAGCUCAUACUACCUCAAUGAAGUAGAUGUUUUGAGAGCAAGUCUUCUCAAUGUGGAUAAUACUAGGGUCAGUCAACAGAAAGGGGAGCUUCUCUUGGAAAUGUGGGAACAGGAUAAGCUUUCAGACUUUGUCAGUGCACUUGAACUCUACUUGCACAUCCUUUACAAGAUGUUGGCUGAUUUUGGAGAAACCAGAACAUUUCUUCUUUGCUCCAUCAUGGAGAAGCAACAGACUGCUGAAGAAUUAAAAAACAUGGAGUGUGUGAAUGCUCUUCGAUCCAAAGAGGUCAUUGGCAUGACUACCAAUGGAGCAGCGCGUCUGCACACCCUUCUGAAUGCACUCGGUUGCGAUAUUGUUAUUGUGGAAGAAGCAGCCGAAGUCAUGGAGUCGCACAUCAUUGCCUCUGUCUCCAAGAAAUGCAAACACCUUAUCCUCAUUGGUGAUCACAAGCAGCUUCGACCAAAAAUUUCUGAGUAUGAACUUGGGAAAUUUUACAACUUUGACAUUUCUCUCUUUGAGAGGAUGGUCAUAAACCGCGAGGGAUGCAUCACUCUUCAAGUGCAGCAUAGAAUGGCUCCUGAAAUGGCAAAAUUGAUUGUGCCCACCAUUUACAAAACUCUAGAGAACCAUGAGAGUGUGCUGAAUCGGCCUAAUUUGAAGAGCUUGACUCAAAGACUAUCAUUUGUGUCUCACACUGAACCAGAGGAUCAGGACAAGGAAAAUUCAAGUAGGACCAAUCCUUUUGAGGCCAAAUACUUGAUUGCACUUUGUCAACACUUGUUGAUGCAAGGAUACAAAGCAGACCAAAUCACUUUGCUCACAACAUACAAGGGUCAGAUGUUUCUCUUGAAGUCUAUGAUACGGCAAAACCCAGGCAAUGAAGGUUUGAGAAGUGUCCGUGUUGUCGUAGUCGAUGAUUUCCAGGGAGAAGAAAGUGACAUCAUUCUUCUCUCAUUGGUGAGGAGCAAUCCAGAAGGAAGAAUUGGUUUUCUUGCCAUAGAAAACCGUGUUUGCGUUGCACUUUCAAGAGCAAAACAGGGUUUUGUGAUGAUUGGGGACAUGGACCAACUUUCGGCCAACAACUCUAUUUGGAGAGCUGUACGUCAAACAAUUGAAGAACAGAAUGGCCUUUAUUCUGCAUUGCCGCUAAGGUGUGAAGUUCACCCUUCCUACAAGUUUCAAGUGGCCAAAGCUGAAGAUUUUCAGAAAUUGGCACCACAUGGAGGCUGCAAUCAAAUUUGCGGAGAACAACUCAAUUGUGGCCACACCUGCAAGUCUGUGUGCCACUUGUUGCAAAUCUCGCACGACAGUAUCAAGUGCUAUGAGCCAUGCGAGAGGCUUUGUGACCGUGGGCUUCACAAGUGUUCAUUAAAAUGCUAUGUCAAACGUUGUGGAUCAAACUGCAUGAUCCGAGUUACCAAGAAACUGCCUUGUGGACAUGAAGCUACCAUGAGAUGUAGUCAAAAUGAACAGACCUUCUAUUGCACUGAAUUGGUGACCAAGAAAUUUGAGAAUUGUCAGCAUCAGGCGGAGGUCGCAUGUUCAUGCAAAGUCUGUCCAAAGCCAUGCGAAUUUCAAGUACCCUGUGGUCAUAGCUGCGUUAGGAAUUGCCACACUGAUUCUGAUCCAGACCAUCUGGAAUACAAGUGCUCAAAGCUGUGUUCGAAUACCAACAAAGGCUGCAGAAUGGACCAUUCCUGUCAGAAAAAAUGCUUUGAGGAGUGCGACGUUUGCAAGAUCAAGGUGAAAUCAAAGAGAAGCUGUGGACACACUUAUGAACUGGAGUGCCACAUUGAUCCAGAGACCGAGGUAUGCAUCAAGAAGUGCCUAAAAGAGUUGGAUUGUGGCCACAAGUGCCGGCGUAAGUGCAACGACAGUUGCACCCCUUGUAUUGAGCCGGUGGAUAAGGAAAUCGAAUGCGGUCACACAGCAAAGGUUGCUUGUGGCAUAAGCGCCGCGAGAUCUGACUGCACGCAACAGUGCGAGAAGCUGCUCCCGUGUGGACACAAAUGCAAAGCCAAAUGUGCGGACGAGUGCACAGUCAACUGCAGGGAAGUGGUUGAGAUGUCAGUUGGAAAAUGUGGCCACGAGAUCAAACGCUUCUGCUUUGAGAAGACACAAGGCACCAUAGUUGAUAUGAUGAGAUGCACCGUUAAGUGCGGAAAAACACUGAUUUGCGGUCACGAGUGUGGGGGAUCCUGCAAAGGCUGUCAUCAGGGGAGGUUCCACGAACCCUGCAAAAAACCAUGCAAACGGGAACUUGUUUGUGGGCACAGGUGUUCAUCUAAUUGUGGGGCACCAUGCAUCACUUGCAAUGGAUCGUCCACUGAAGCUUGCGAGCACAAAAAGUUUGACUUGAAGUGUGCUACGAAACGAGUGAUGUGCUUGAAAAAUUCUACCUUCAAAUGUGACCACAUGAAGAAAGAUGCUGUGUGUGGCAAAUUCUUAGAUCACACCCAAUUAUGUGAAGAGCGUUGCUCAAAGACACUGCCAUGCAACCACCAGUGUGCUGGCUUCUGCGGUGCACCUUGUCCUGGGUUGUGUUGGCAAUGUGACCGAGAUGAGCUGAGGGAUGCAUUUGAAUUAAAUGUUCCUGUCCCGAAGGACCCAAGAUUCAUUCUAUUGCCUGAUUGCCACCACACAGUUGAAGCGACCUCUCUUCUUUCAUGGUUCAAAUUACAAUCAACCAAGGUUGAGCUGAAGGUGUGCCCUAGAUGCAGAGUACCUAUCUCUGCUCGUCUGCAGAAUUUCAAAAAGUUCAUUUGGGAGGCAUAUGAGGAUUUUGAUAAAAUCAAGGACAAAAUCAAACCAAACAACAAGCAAUUUGCUUCAGUUCUCUGGAGUUCCAUCAAUUCCAUGUUGGUAGAAUGCAAGAAAGCUGACAUUGCUGCUCUUACAAACUAUUUGAUCUUCCUGAAGAAGCGAUUUGACAGUGAAAUAAAUAGAGAGCCUCAGACAGGAGCCAAAAAGUCAAAAGGAGGCAAAGGCAAAGCAGUGAGAGGCCCGAGCUUUCAGUUUCUCAGUGAGCUGCCCACUUUAGAAAAGAAGCUCUCUUUCACAAAAGCUCUCUUGACAAUCGUGACUGCUUGUGAUAAAGGCAUUGUCAUGACUCUUCAACAUGAGGUAGAGUUUUUCGCUGAAAGAUUGCAGACCUGCGGGACCAUGUGGAUGCAGCAAUGUGCAGAUUUUGAGAACCUUCUGAUGAAAUUAUCUUCAUCUCUUUUGCCUCUCAAGGUUCACGAGGAGGAGCUUAAAUCUUUGCUGAAAGCACGCUGGUGCAAAUGCUUGGAGUGCGGAAAACUGCAAUUCUCCAGUGGAGUAAAUUAUGACUUGUGCCCCUCCUGUACUAAGCCAAUGAUCAAAGACAACCUUAGAUUCAAAGAGCAUGAUCCCGUCAAACAGUAUAACAAAAAGGGCCAGUUAAUUGUUAAGGUAGAAGCCACAAACUAAAUAGGAUGGAGUAAGUUACUGAAGUCCAUAAAUACUGAUGUAGGCGGAGUGUCUUAUGUAUUAAAUAAAUUGUUAACUUUUGAAAUAA